AUGGUCAAGGCUAAUGCAGUUUUGGUCACUUUGGACUUGAGGGACAACCAGAUUAAGAAGGAAGGGGUUAUGGCAUUGUUAGAUGCGCUCAAGGAUAGCUCAAUUGAGAACGAAGGAGCCCUCGCGAUCUCAGAGACACUCAAGGUUAACACGACUUUGGCAAAUUUGAACUUGGAGUACAACAAAAUUGGGAAUGAAGGAGCCUUCGCACUCUCAGAGGUGCUUAAGACUAACACGACUUUGACCAUAAUGUACUUGGGGAACAAAAAAAUUGGGAAUCAAGGAAUCCUCGCAUUCUCAGACGCACUCAAGGUCAACCAGACUCUGACAAGUUUGAACUUGAUUUGGAACUCAAUUGGCAAGGAAAGAGCCUUCGCACUCUCAGAAGCGCUCAAGACCAACAAGGCUUUGACAAAUCUGAGCCUGUGGAAUAACUCAAUCGGGAACGAAGGAGCCCUAGCACUUUCAGAAACACUCAAGGUCAAUACGGCGUUGACAAGUUUAGACUUGGGGAGUAACUUGAUUGGGAAGAAAGGAGCCCUCGCACUCUCAGAGGUACUCAAGGUCAACACGACCUUGACAGAUUUGAGCUUGGGGGAUAACAAAGUAGGGAACGGAGGGGCCAUCGCAUUCUCAGAGGCGCUCAAAACCAACAAGGCUUUGACAAAUUUGAACUUGUUUCGGAACUUAAUUGGGAAUGAGGGAGCUCCCGUACUUUUAGAGGUACUCAAGAUCAACAUCGCUUUGACAAGGUUGGAAUUGAGUCAUAUGUUAAUCGCGAAGGAAGUAUCUCUGGCAAUAUCAGAGACACUCAGAACCAGGCACUAA